AUGAAGCUCUCCAUCGUUGCCCUCAUCUCCGUCCUCGCCGCCUCGGCUUCGGCGCAGUCGUUCUACGACGUUCAGCACAACUCCACCUGCUCGGUUGGCAAGGACAACCUCGUGACCUGCACUCCUGGAGAGCUGGGCAAGGAGCUCCCUACUGUCAGCAUGGCCAACGAGGAGCCUGCCACUCAGGAGGUCGAGGUCGACAUCCCCAAGGACAUUGCCUCGCGUACCCUCAAGUUCUGGCUCGGCCCCCGCCCGGUCGACUUCUGUAUCGCCACAUGCUACAACCACGGUUACUGCAAGGUCAAGGUCACCAAGCACGGCAAGUGCAAGUGCCUCAAGCGUACUUGGUCGCGCUACCCCUGCAUUCCAUGCCUCAAGUGGUAA